GCUAGCGCGAAGUUUUACAAACACACAUUUCUCCAGGGUAUCUCGUCUCUACAUCUGGAGUAUUAUUGGAGAAAUUAAAGCGUUAUCGUUGCCGGAAAUGUGGUGUAGCGUUUUCAGCCUUUCAGGUCGCGUUAUGAAGCCUUUCCAGGAACGAUGAAUAACUAUGUCUUCAUCAGGGUCGUGGGGAGAGGCAGCUAUGGGGAGGUGAACCUGGUGAAACACAAAACCGACCGAAAACAGUAUGUUAUUAAAAAGCUGAAUUUAACCACCUCCUCCAAGCGGGAACGGCGUUCUGCAGAGCAGGAGGCACAACUUCUGUCCCAGCUGCGACAUCCUAACAUUGUGACAUACAGGGAGUCCUGGGAAGGAGAUGACUGCCAGCUGUACAUUGUGAUGGGUUUCUGUGAAGGCGGUGACCUUUAUCAUCGACUCAAACAGCAAAAGGGCGAACUCUUACCUGAGAGGCAGGUUGUGGAGUGGUUUGUCCAGAUAGCCAUGGCACUACAGUACCUGCAUGAGAGGAACAUUCUUCACCGGGACCUUAAAACACAGAACAUCUUCCUGACCAAGACUAACAUCAUCAAAGUUGGGGACCUUGGCAUUGCACGAGUAUUGGAGAACCAGAAUGAUAUGGCCAGCACACUCAUAGGGACCCCUUACUACAUGAGUCCAGAGCUCUUCUCUAAUAAACCCUAUAACCACAAGUCAGAUGUAUGGGCUCUGGGCUGCUGUGUGUAUGAAAUGUCGACACUGAAACAUGCCUUCAAUGCCAAGGACAUGAACUCACUGGUUUAUCGCAUUGUAGAAGGAAAGCUGCCACAGAUGCCCAGUAGGUAUGAUCUACAGUUGGGAGAACUAAUCAAGAGCAUGCUGUGUAAGAAACCUGAAGACAGGCCUGAUGUCAAACUAAUCCUCAGGCAGCCCUACAUCAAACGACAAAUUGCUAUGUUCCUCGAGGCCACUAAAGAAAAAACUGCCAAGUCAAGAAAGAAAGCUGUUGGUGGCAGUGGUGACUGUAGGGCCAACAGUGGACCAUCUGUGGUGUCUUGUCUGCCAAAGCCUGAGAGAAUUCCCCAGCCUGAACCUUUGGCCAGGGUGAAACGGAAAGAAGAGAAAUCCCAUCAACAUAAAGUUCAGAACGGCCUCGGAGACUUCACUCCAGUCCAAACACCACGGCCACCCAAAUCCUCCUCAGCUGAUGCUCUUAAUGCCAGCAUCGCAUCCCUGGCAACAAUCAGCAACAUUAAUGUCCAGCUGCAGGAGGAUGAGGACCUGAUGAAUAGACAGGUGAAGGGGCCCCAGUCAGUUGUGUCACACCACCGUAUAGGUAAUGAACCUAUGACUCACAGUGUGUACAGCAAGGGAAGAGGAAAACCAGAUCCCUCUCCCCCUCCUUCCCCUGUUAAGCCCCCUCUCAAGUCGGUAUCAGGUGUUGGCAGUUGGGGAGCAGAUGAGAGGAGGGCAUCCAAUGGAUUGUUAGACAUUCAUCCACAGGCCACGCCCAGCCCUGGGGAUACAUUUUCUGUCUGUGGGGAGAAACAGAUGUCAGAUGUGGGUGAUAAGGAUGAUACCAUGGAGUUACUUAAAGAGGCUGACAUGCAGAACCCAAAGCUGGAAGUGAAGAGUGAGGGUGCUUUUUCUAUCCAUGAGAGGAGAUCUGCACACAAAUCCAACAUAGAAAAUAUUGAAACGGUAGUGGAAGUAAAUAUGGACGGGAAAAGUGACACCGUUACCCUUCUCAAAGGAGCUCCGACACCACAACAUACCUCAGACAUCCAAGAUAGCCUAGAAUCUACUGAAAAGCUGUUGGAGCCGCUCCCUCCAACACUGGAACCUGUUCGAGAGGAAUCUCCUUUACCAGCUGUCCGACCGUUGGGUCCAACCGCUCCAUACCAAGCUCCUCUGUACUUUUCAUCAGACCCGUCUAUACCACAGCAGCACAGAGGGAGGGACAUUAGACGGACACAUGGGGAUCAGGACAAGUCCAAGGUGACUGCUCCUAGACCUUUACCUCCACCUCCUGUUGAGAGCAUAGCCGUGGACAGCAGGAAGAGGAGCAGGAGGGGCACAGAGGGCAAGAAAGCCAGUGAAGCUGCAACCUCCACAUCAGUUAGUUCUUCUAAGGAUGGAUUCCUACCACUGCCACAGGAUCGUCUGCUGUCUGCCAGAGAGAGAAGAAGACUGAGGCAGUCCGGGGAGAUUGCCAGCCAACCAGGUGUUAGUGUUAUAAGAAGGGCAUCUUAUGACGUCUCCUCCACCAAGGAUGAGCAUUACAAUGCUCCAGUUACUAGAUCUGUUUCAGACUCUAUCACUGGGACCAACUGUAAGCAGGAUAAGUUGCCGGAGCAAAGGUCAGAUGAAGAUGAGUGCAGCUCAUCCACAAGUUCCACAGAACGUUCGGAAGGAGACUGCAGGGAAAGGAAGACUGAAUCCAGCGACAUGCAAGAUUUAGUCCACAUGAUGACCCAGACGUUGAGAAUGGAUAUUGGAGACGGUGUGAGUGAGGUGGACAAAGGCAGAUUUGGCUCUACGGCUUUACCAGAAUUUAAACUGAAUAGGAAGUACAGAGAUACCCUGGUGCUUCAUGGGAAGGCUCGAGAGGAAGCAGAGAACUUGUCACUGGGAGAAAUUCCAAUAGGCUCCACGUCUGGUCCAGCCAAGGUCAGGAGAGCCAUAGAAAACUUGAGAACAGAUGUGGUGAAGGGUUUGGGGGUCAAGCUCCUGGACAGAGUUCUGGAAAUCAUGGAGGUGGAGGAUGACACCAAACGAGAACUGUGCCUUCGUAACCAGAUGGGAGAUGAUAAGUACCAAGCCUAUGCUGUGAUGGUGAGGCAGCUGAAAUUCUUUGAGGAUAUUGCCAUCAAUGUUUAAUGAAAAUGCUGUAUAAACAGGAGCGUACACAUUCGCAUUUCUAUGACACCACUAUUUAGAAGAGGUUAGCAUCUAGAAAGAUCUCUAACGGAAAACUUUGUCUUUUAGAGAACUUUUACAAUUUUCAAGUAGAAACUUGUAUGAUGUUGUUCAUGAAAAUGAAUAUUUCCUGCCAAAAAACAACCUGCUUCUUUCUGGUUGUCAUGGAAUUUCCAUGACGCAACUGCUAUUGUGAGCAAUCUUAUGUAAAUGACUGUACAAUCGUUUGGUUUUUUUCCUCGUUCUUCAAACACGGAAUUUGUUACUACACCUGUAAUUUCAGGAUUUCUAUGCAAAGAGUUUGAGUCAUGUUUAAGCACUCCUUGUCUUUCUACUUUCUUUAGUGGAUACUUGUGAUUGUUUGUAAGGCAAGCUAGAAUUUCAAUAACUGUUUUACUUAUGCCGUAUCUUUGAAGAUACUAGGUCACUUCUUCUGCUGUAUUGUAUUUUUUCUUAAACACAAUAAUGUAGAUCUAUUGUAGAUAGAAACAUUUAAAUAUUUUCUAUUCAAGCUCAUUUGUUUUUGUUGUUGUUUAUACCCAUUUUCCAUAAUUUUGAAGACCACAAUAAAACAAUGUUUCAUUGACACCAACAAAAAAGGGGGAAUGCACUUAAUAAAAACUGCAUCUUUGUCCAAAAUAGCAUAGUGAAUAACUCAUGCAAAAAAACCCACCU